AUGUCUCCACGACAAUCUGCCCCCAAGAUGCCUGAGGGCGUCUUCUCUUUUCUUGACACUGACCUGUACAAGCUAACUAUGCAAUGUGCGGUGUUACAGUACUUCCCUACCGUCGAGGUCGAAUACAAAUUUACCAACCGUACCCCCUCCAUGAGACUGAACAAUGCAGCAUUCGCGUGGUUGCAGCAACAAGUCACGAAGUUAGGAGACAUUACCCUCGCACAGCAAGAGUUGGACUUUCUAAGGAAAAGCUGCCCUUUCCUGAGUUCCAGCUACCUCACGUUCUUACAGACUCUGCGGCUGCGCCCUGCAGAGCAUGUGAAACUCUCAUUCACCCCGGUGGACGAAUCAUACGGUGAUCUGCAGAUGACCAUACAGGGGCUAUGGGUCGAAACCAUUCUUUAUGAGAUUCCUUUACUUGCUUUGACGAGUGAAGCGUAUUUCAAAUUUGUGGACCAAGACUGGGAGUACGAUGAACAAGAAGAGAGCGCAUACGCGAAGGGGGUUGAGUUAUUGAAAGCAGGUUGCCUGUUGUCAGAGUUCGGCUCUCGCAGACGGAGGGACUUUCAAACACAGAACCUUGUCAUCAAAGGCUUGGUGAGGGCGUCUGCAGAAAAUGGUCUGCCUGGGAAAUUGACCGGCACGAGCAAUGUCUAUUUCGCCAUGCAAUAUGGAAUUGCCCCGGUUGGAACCGUUGCCCACGAAUGGUUUAUGGGAAUUGCUGCACUUACGGGCGACUAUGAGAAUGCUAACAUCCACGGCCUGAACUACUGGUUGGAUUGCUAUGGGAAAGGAGUACUCGGCAUUGCCUUGACAGACACAUUUGGGACUGCGGACUUCUUUCGAGCGUUUAACACAGCCAUUCCGAAAAGAACCUCGGCAUCACAGGAGCAAGAUCUAUCAACAGACUCGGGUGAUACACCUUCUGCGUCCAGGCCGGCCACCUACGCCGAAGUCUUUACAGGUAUCAGACAAGACUCAGGUGAUCCAAAGGAAUAUGUGAAAAUCGCAAGUGAAUUCUACAAAUCCGUAGGUAUCAGCGGGAAGACGAUUGUGUUCUCUGAUUCUCUCGAUGUGGAGAAAUGUCUAGAGUAUAAAGAAGUGGCAGAGAGAUAUGGAUUCAAGCCUUCUUUUGGGGUUGGGACAUUUUUCACCAAUGAUUUCAAACACAAAUCAAACGGGCAGACCAAAUCGAAACCCAUGAAUAUUGUGAUCAAGUUGUCCAAAGCUGGUGGGAAUCCCGCAAUCAAGAUAUCAGACAACAUUGGUAAAAAUACAGGAGACGCUCACACGGUGGAGGAUGUCAAGCGCCGCCUAGGCUACCUGGAAAAAGAAUGGAGUGCCGGCGAUGAAGCAAAACGAUGGUGA